AUGGCAGAUGAAAUGUCGGCUGAUGAUGUGCUCUCUGUGAUAUCUUCCGUUGUUAUUUGCAGCCAGGUUGAUGUUGAUGGAGAAGAUGAUAAUGAAACCUCUUCGUUAUCUAGCAGCAAUGAAGAGGAUUCUAGUGACGAAGAAAGUGAAACGCGUACCUUAUAUGCCAUAUUGAUGGUGAAUGAGACGCGGGGUGAAACUCCUCAGAUAGAAAAGUUGACCGAUUAUGUGAAACGAGUUGUUCCAGGAUACUCCAGAAUAACUUUUAAAGAACAUUUUAGGGUGUUUCCAGAGACCUUUCAAAUGAUUUUGAGACUUCUAAGGCCAGCUUUGAAUGCUACAAAUGCUCAUGGAAGGAAGCAACUAUCUUCAGAGAAACAGCUUAUGGUAACGUUAUGGUUCAUGGCUACUCCAGAUUCAUAUCGGUCUGAAUGUGUCAAGUUUGGUGUGGGAAAGGCUACUGCAUUGCGCGCUGUAAGACGUGUGACUUAUGCCCUCCACUGCCUAGCACCACGUUUUAUCAAAUGGCCAAGAGGAGAGGAGGCUAUCUGUGUGAUCGAAGAAUUUCAAAGAGCAAAGGGUUUUCCAGGUGUCAUUGGGGCUGUUGAUGGUUCUUUUAUACAGAUACGAGCUCCUAAAGAAGAUGCAGCUUUUUAUAUCUGUAGAAAAAAAUAUCCUGCUAUUCAGCUUCAAGCUGUGUGUGAUGCUCGCAGUCUAUUCAUUCAUUGCUAUGCCGGGCAUGUAGGGUCUGUGCAUGUUGCACGUGUUUUUAGGAAUUCUCCUUUAACUGAGUUCAUCCAGAGGCCAGAUGAGUAUUUUCCUUCGAAUUCUCACCUUCUUGGAGAUGCAGCAUAUACAAUUCACUCACAUGUCAUGGUACCGGUUAGAGAUAAUGGACAUCUUACUGCAAGGCAAAAGAACUUUAAUUACUGUUUAUCAUCUACUCGCAUGGCCAUUGAAAGAGCUUUUGGGCUUUUGAAAGUGAGAUUUCGAAUUUUGCUCGAUUGUCUGCCUCUCACUGAUAUCGGUGUUUGUCCUUCGAGUCGUUAA